AUGUCUGUGGCCCAACAGGUUGCGCACCAGCUGGUCUUCCACCCCUUCGUCUCGCAGAGUCUAAGGCUUUCGUCUACCACUCUUGGCCGCGACAAGAUCUACCGGGCGGUCCAGUACUUUGCCAGGUUCUACGCUUGGCUCCUUAUAUCCCGCGGCAAAUCUGUAGACGCCGCCCGCUGGAAUGCGCUGAAAGCCCAUCUCGCUUUGGGGCGUAAGCUUAUGCGCCUCGGGAAGCCCAUGGAGCACCUUCAGGCUGCCCUCCGGAUUCCUGGCGGCUUCCGUGGUGAAGAGGUGACCUCCAUCGGUCGCCAGCUGUGCUAUUUCGGCUACCUCACCUACGACGCUCUCAUAUGGGCCAACGCCGUCAAGUUCAUAUCCCUCUCCCGAACUACCGCACAAAAGGUCAACAAGACUUCGAAUCGCUUCUGGCUCGCCGGAAUAUCAUUCAGCAUUGCGCAUGGGUUGCUGAAGGCUGGUAGGCUCGCGAACGAUAUGAAGGAAAUCAAGCGUCAGUCGUGGGGUUCCGCAGAGGUGGGAGAGAAGGCGAGCAGGGAUGGUCGGUUAAGUGCUUUGGAAGCACAACGAAGCGGUGUCAGAUACCAAUUCGCGAUGGAUCUUCUCGACUUCUGGAUUCCAGCAUCCAACGUUGGCCUCGUGAACUUCAACGACGGGGUAUUGGGUCUCUUUGGAUUUAUCACCUCCGUCAUGGCCUUGCGUAGCCAAUGGGCUGCUGCGGCCGGCAAGUCGUAG